CAUCCUUACAGGGACCCAACUUUAGCACUGACAGCUGCGCCCGCUUAGCGCCGAUCUGAGAGGCUGCAGACAGCCAAGGCUGCCAAGUGGAUGUGUGCCUCGCCCCCCGUGUGAUUGGAGUCCCCUCCCGACCGUGACGCUCCUGAACCCGCCCCAUCCAGCAAGUAGACAGCCUCAGAGAAGCAGGGAGCCAGAAGGGAGCAUGGUCCGGAUCUUGCAGCAGCUUCACCUCCUACAUAGACAGAGCUCUCCUCCUGCUGCAACCCAGGGGCUCACACACCCCCCCACCCACCUACCUGGACAAUCAGAGCCAGGACUGAGCUCACCGCAAGCCAUCACUGGGAUCCUUACUAUUCCUCACCACCAGACACGGGCAUUCUAACCCAACAUUCUAAAGAAAGUCUGCUACACCUGAACGUUCUAUUCCCAUCAUUCCUGGUCACUGGGAGCCAAGGACAAGCUGUGCCUGGAGACUGCAGGUUUGUGAAGCGGACUUUACUUGUGGGCUGCAAGGUUUAUGCUGUCCGGUCCUAUUCUGCUCCUCAGUAGCAGCAUAGCAACACAGCAAGGAAAUGUAACUUCCGAAAAGGCCUGCUGUGCUGAAGUACGCGAGAAAACCAUCUGCUAGACACGCUUUGUAGAAGAUUCGGAGAAGGAAGCAGCCUUGACUCCACUUUUAGAGAAUGUCACGUCAGCAUAGUCGGUUCGAGAGGGAUUUUUGUGGUGGAUGGGAAAGAUGGGAAUGGAGUCCCAAUGGCAAUCACGUAAACACUAGCAAUGUAAACAGUACGACCAAUGGCAACAACAGACCUGGACUACUCCCUCUGCCAAUUGUACCAUCACGUCUUCCCACACCAACAUCCACCAUGUCUACAACCGUCGGCAGUGAUGCAGUGACGAGUGUUGAGAGCAACCCAUCAGCAGCAUCUGCUUCCAAAACACCUCUAGUUUCUAAGACUGAGAAGCAAACACAAGGACAGCUACUUGCGACCAGUGUGAGGUGGGGACAAACUCCCAUCAAUCAGUCUACUCCGUGGGAUACUGAAGAACCCCCAACAAAACAGAUGAGGAAAGGAGAAAAUCCAGCUACCCCUCCAUGGGCAACAACGGUUUCGACAGCCACACAGGCGACACUGAUUGCCCACUCAUAUGGAAUGACUCAACCACCAAUUUACAGCCAAGCAGCCAAUGUCCAAGCUCCCAUUAUUGGGGUCACGCCCACUCUGCCCCCUCAUAUGGCCACCCAGCUUCCACUAAUGACAGCCCACUACCAACUGCAGCAACACCAGCAGCCAGCACAGCCUCUGAGCAACAUGGUAGUGAAUCUUCAGAGCCAAACCAUGUACAGACACAGCCAACCGAUUGCCAUGUCUUCUCUAACUGGAGUUGGCCAAGUCCCUCACCCAGGCCACACUGCUGUAGGCAAUGGUCACAUGACUUGCCCCAUUCUGCCUCCUCCACCACCCACGAUGCCUUCCGCAGCUCUAACUAAUAGUGUUCCGGCUACAAAUGGGCAAACGGCCCCACAGCUUCCUCACAACCAGAACACCCACCCAGAAAACCCUCCCAAUGGAGUCCAGAUGCUACGGACAAUAGGCAUGGGAAAGUAUGAAUUCACAGAUCCCUGGUACCCAAAAGAAAUGCUGAAGGAAUUGAACCAACAGCGCAAAGCGAAAGACUUUACAGAUCUGAAAAUUAUUGUUGAAGGCAGAGAGUUUGAAGUCCAUCAAAAUAUUCUAGCUUCCUGCAGCUUGUAUUUCAAGGACCUGAUUAAAAGGUCAUCGAAGGACUCUGCUAAAUGUGGAGAGAAAUUGGAGUUGGCAAUGUCCAACAUUAAUGCAGAAGUCUUGGAGCUGCUUUUGGACUUUGUUUAUACAGGUUCCCUCAUAAUAGAUUCAGCAAAUGCAAAAAUUCUCCUUGAGGCAGCCAACAAGUUUCAAUUCCAUACUUUCUGUAAAGUCUGCGUAUCAUUUCUCGAAAAACAACUGACGGCAAACAACUGCCUGGGAAUUCUAGCAAUGGCGGAAGCCAUGCAGUGCGUAGAACUCUGCAGUAUGUCCAAGGCAUACGCACUACAGAAUUUUCCAGAGGUGGCGAAUCAGGACGAGAUCCUGAACAUAUCCAGAGAAGAUUUUGUUUCCUACAUUUCGAAUGAUAGCCUGAAUACAAAAGCCGAAGAGUUGGUGUAUGAAACUGUAAUAAAGUGGAUAAAGAAGGACCCAACAAACAGAGCUAAGCAUGCCGCUGAAUUAUUGGCCGUUGUCCGCCUCCCCUUCAUUCAUCCAAGUUAUCUCCUCAACAUUGUCGACAAUGAGGAGCUGAUAAAGUCAUCAGAGGCUUGCCGAGACCUAGUCAAUGAAGCAAAGCGAUAUCACAUGCUUCCACAUGCCCGACAAGAGAUGCAGACGCCACGUACCAGGCCAAGGCUAUCAGCAGGAGUAGCUGAAGUGAUUGUCCUAGUCGGGGGUCGUCAGAUGAUUGGAAUGAAUCAGAGAACGUUGACAGCUGUCACUUGUUUAAAUCCACAAAUCAACAAAUGGUAUCCAUUAGCCAGUCUCCCCUUCUACGAUCGUGAAUUUUUUAGUGUUGUAAGUGCUGGAGACAACAUCUACCUUUCAGGUGGCAUGGAGGCCGGUGUUACCCUUGCAGAUGUUUGGUGCUACAUGUCCUUACUCGAUAACUGGAAUUUAGUAUCAAGGAUGAUUGUCCCAAGGUGUAGACACAACAGCUUGGUUUAUGAUGGAAAAAUUUAUACAAUCGGAGGUCUUGGUGUAGCUGGAAAUGUAGAUCAUGUUGAAAGGUACGAUACAAUCAUCAACCAAUGGGAAACUGUAGCUGCUCUUCCCAAACCAGUACACUCUGCGGCAGCCACAGUUUGUGGGGGUAAAAUAUAUGUAUUUGGCGGCGUGAACGAAGCUGGCAGAGCAGCUGGGGUCCUUCAAUCCUACGUGCCACAGACAAACACAUGGAGUUUUAUUGAAUCGCCUAUGAUCGAUAAUAAAUACGCCCCAGCUGUCACUUUAAAUGGCUUCAUCUUCAUUCUGGGAGGUGCUUAUGCCAGAGCAACUACGAUCUAUGACCCGGAGAAGGAGAACAUCAAAGCCGGCCCCAAUAUGAACCACUCAAGGCAAUAUUGCAGUGCGGUGGUUCUGGAUGGGAAAAUAUACGCAACCGGUGGAAUUGUAAGCAGUGAGGGACCUGCUCUCGGAAACAUGGAAUAUUACGACCCAAAAUCAAACACAUGGACUCUUUUACCCAACAUGCCUUGUCCUCUCUUCCGCCACGGAUGUGUAGUCAUAAAAAAAUACAUUCAAAGUGGUUGACAAAGAAAAAAGAACUCUUAUGUACAACCAGAGCAUUCUCCCUUUCAUUUUUUAUUUUAUUUUUUUUCGUUACCUUUCAAUGGUGGACAUGCAAGUUUAACCAUAUAUUUCCCUGCUUUACCAGCAUUUUUUUUUUUAAAGAAGUAGAAAAAAACAAAAACAGAACAUUUGUUUCCUCCACAUGUUUUUGAAUAAUGUCUACAUUGAAUGUAGAAAAUCAUCCUCACCUUUGGGUGAUGUCGGAGCGUUGGGCUCCUCGCUAUGUAUAAUACUGUAAACAAAUCAGGCGGCAAAUUUGCCACUAGGUAUCGUAGUGGCACUUGUUGUCACACUAGUCCAGGGUUGGGCAACCUGUGGCUCUAGGCUCAUGUUAUAACUGGAGAGACUUGGGCUUGCCAAACUUGGAACUAGGUGCAAUAGAUCCCCAUAUUUUUUAUUCGGGUGAAUGGUGAUGGGUUGAAGAUCUGUAUUUUUCUCCAAGAUAUGAGGGUUGGAAUUUUUGUGGGUGAUCUUUUCAUAACAGUCCUAUUAGAAUCUCCUUGAUGAGAAUGUUCUUAAGAGAUGAUUUUUUUAUAUUAUGUUGAAAUCUUUAUUUUAUCAUCGCUUCUUCUCACAUCACAUAGCAUAUAGUUAGCUAUCAAGAGAUAAACAAAAAAAAAACAAGUUUGUCAAAAUUAUGAUACGAAGUAUGAAUUUUUAUCAUCAUGUAAUGCAGAUAAGUUAUCAACAGAUGUGUUUUGUGUUUCGAAAACAAACUAUCAUAGACCCACUACAAGUCCAUAUUAAGGAAACUAGGUGUUUGGGUGGUCCCUUCCAAGCUGGUUUAAGAAGUGCUAUUAAACAACCAUCAAUUGAAUAAUUAGUGACAAAGUGCCACUGAUAGAACACACGAACGAUACCAAGACUGGCUAUUUUCAAAAGACUCCCUUAUUGUUACUGUAAUAUAUACUGAAAUAAUAUAU